GUCUAUUACAAUAAUCCCAAAUUCUCUGAAAUACGGUUUACAAAGUUGUUUAAAUGCGACCGAUAACAAGAAUUAGGCGCUUCUCAACAGCGCCUUCAGGGAGCACCUCAUUUUUAGAAGAAAUGCAGAAAAACUUUAUACCGACAAACUUAUUCCAGAAAAUGUUGUUAACAUGCGGUUCAGCUGCUGUUUCUCUCCUAAAUCCACAUCGCGGUGAUAUGAUUGCAUGUCUCGGAGAAAUUACAGGUGACGAUGCACUUAAGUAUAUGAAGAAGAAAAUGUUGAGCACACCGGAGGGUGCAGAAAUUCUAAGAGAAAUGCCCCGAAUUAACUCUGAAACAGUGUCUUUUCAACAGCUCUUGCAGCUCCCUGAGAAUACCAUAGGGCGAGUGUAUGCUGAUUUCAUGCGAGAUAAUAACAUUACUGCUGAUUCUCGGCUCCCUGUCCAAUUCAUAGCAGAUCCAGAUUUAGCAUAUGUUAUGCAACGCUAUAGAGAAGUCCACGAUUUGGUUCAUGCAACCUUGUUUAUGAAGACUACCAUGCUUGGAGAGGUAGCAAUAAAAUGGGUAGAAGGAAUACAAACAAGGCUACCCAUGUGCAUUGGCGGUGGUAUUUGGGGGGCAGCUCGCCUCAAGCCCAAACAUCGCCAGCUGUACUUAAAGUAUUAUUUGCCUUGGGCCAUACGCACUGGACGGAAUGCUAAAUUCCUGCAAGGCAUAUAUUAUGAAAAAAGAUGGGAGCAGAAUAUACGAGACUUUCAUGAAGAAAUGAACAUUGUCAGGGUCAGUAAGAAGUAGAAUCAAUAGAUUAGAAAUAGAUUACUGUUGUGUAUUGUUUUUUGAAAUAUUUAUUAAUAGUUGAUUUUUAUGGCAUUUUAUGGUGUACUUAUUGUUUUUUGUACAUACUGCCAUACUGAAUUAUGUAAAUAAUUGAGGUCACUAGGCAGGUAAAGAGGCGGCAUUUAGUCCGUUCUACUCGCAAAGUUACUUAAAU